AUGUCUGGAAUCGGCACGGGGUACGAUUUGUCCACGACGACGUACUCCCCGGACGGGAAAGUUUUCCAAGUGGAAUACGCGUGUAAAGCGGUUGAAAACGGAGGUUUAGCCAUCGGGUGCAAAUGUAAAGACGGCGUCGUCGUCGCGGUGGAAAAAUUGGUACAAUCGAAAAUGUUAGUGCCAGGAACGAAUAAGCGCAUACACGCGGUGAGUAAACACGCCGGGAUGGCGGGAACUGGAUUAGUACCGGACGUUAGAACAGUCGUGGAUCGAGCGAGAGAAGAAGCGGCGAACUAUUUGUCCUUUUACGGCGACGCGAUUCCGGCGAACGUUCUCGCCGAUCGAAUGGCGCACUAUUAUCACUUAUUCACUUUGUACUGGUCGGUGAGACCGUUUGGAGCGUCGGUUAUUUUAGCCACCAAAGACUCGAACGGGUAUCACAUGUACGUGUUAGAGCCGAGCGGAGAGUGUCACAAGAUGAACGGGUGCGCGAUUGGGAAGAACAAAGCGGCGGCGAAGACGGAGAUUGAAAAGUUAAAGUUCGGGGAAGUUUUAGCCAAAGAUUGCGUGAAAGAGUUGGCGAGAGUUAUAUAUAAAAUUCACGACGAGAAAGAUAAGGAUUUUGAGUGCGAGCUGGGAUGGAUUUGCGAGGACAGUAAGGGGGAGUUUAGGAGAGUACCGAAGGAGGUCGCGGACGAGGCCAUCGCUUUGGCGAAAGCGGCGUUGGAGGAAGACGACGAUAUGGACGACGCUUAA